CAAACUCCAACGUGCUUGCGUUUGUUUAAUCAUUUAUGAAUAUAUGUCACAUGGGCAUACUUCGGAACAUUUCCUGAUUUCGGAUGAUUUCCUUCUCUUGACAAAAUGUAAUUUAUCUGCUGUGCGUUUAUUUCAUUAUAUAUCACGCUUACGACAGUGGUGUCACUGAAAACCGUACGAGACAAUCAGUACCGUGUUGGGGACCUGGCUAAACGUGUGCAGGACUGAUUAGGUGGCUCAGUCCAGUAUGCCACAAUGUUAAUAUUUGCACACAAUUUUCUGCUGUUUGACUUGGAACCGCUGGCUCCUCUCGCCCAAUCGGCGUCCCAUCACCGGCGAGUUCUGCUCAAUGAACUUGGAAACUGACAUAAUCUAGACAGGACUGGCAGCAUUUUGGGCAGCUUUGUACAAGUUCUACAAAUAUCCAAUUACUUCCUUCAUCCAAGCUAUCUCGAUGGUGCAUGUGUGGAUAUUCGUACUCAUCUUCAUGUUUGGUAUCAUCCCCAAGGGCCAAAAUUCAUCACAAAAAGUACCCAUUGGUGUGAUCCUUGAUGAUGAGGACUCAGAAGUCAGAAGGGAGAUACAGAAAGCUAUUAACUUCAACAACGUCAACAACUCUCGUUCCCGGAUCAUCAUCAACGCCUCAUACAGCAUCAUCAACAUCAGAGACAGCUACCAGCUUAGUGCUGCCAUAUGUGAUCAGCUCGACAGGGGAGUUUUUAUUCUUUUCGGGGCCAGCAGUGCGGCUUCUUACAACACAAUCCAAUCGUACAGCCAAGCGUUAAAAAUCCCCUACUUUCUAUUCACGCCGACAAGGAACGAACCCGGCGACGGCUACGCUUACGACAUCAGCAUCAGCCCGUCUUACACCAGUGCAGUCAUCGAUAUAAUCAAAUUUUAUGGAUGGUCAAAAAUAUAUUUCUUGUUUGAUUCCGACGACGGACUUUGGCAAUUACAGAACAUCUAUGAUGCCUUUAGAGAACCCAAUACAAGCCUAGUUGUGGAUGCUCAGAGACUCCGCGCUGUUGCAAUGUCACGUGAUGUUCUACGAAAAUUAGACCGAUCUGAUCGGGUCUAUAGGAAGAGAAUUGUGGUGUCCUUAAGGAAUGUUUCUUCGUAUCAAGUUUUCCUCAAUCAAAUUGUUGACGUGGGUAUGAACAGAGAAGACUAUCAUUACGUCAUCGCGGGCCCGGAUAUCGAACUACUAGACCUCAAAUCAUUUCUACACGGAGGGGUCAACGUAACCGGUUUCCGUUUGCUGGAGCCUCGCCGUGGGGAGAGCAUGUCUGAGGAUAUGAGAGCUGGCAUCACCCAUGGGAGGAACCUAAACCGGUUAGGUAAACCGACACCUCUGAAGUUUCGAGAAUCGACUGAAGCUGCGUUGGCCGCAGACGGAAUCAAGGUGGUGUCCCGGGCGUUCAACCUCCUGCUGGACAGUCCAACCGACCGAGACAUCUACCGGACAUUCCGACACGGACAAGUGUACAAUGAUGGCACCCGGGGCGUCAAGUGCAGAGACUUCCCCAUCAAACCGUGGACGCACGGAUUCACCAUCAAGAAGGCCAUUACCAAGGUCAAGAUACGGGGACGCUCCAAAAGGAUUGGUUUCCAUUCCAGUGGUAUCCGACAACGUCACAAACUGGAUGUGUUACAGCUGGAGUAUAAACAGAAACUCAGAAAGGUAGGCACCUGGUCUAAAUCUGACGGCUUCAACACAAGCAUGGCUCGACCCGAGAAGGAGACGUUUCCCUUACCAGCAAACAGAACCAGGAUAGUCACUACCAUACUGGUUGAUCCAUUUGUCAUAAAGGAUUGUCCACCCAAUGGCUCCCCUUGCACCGGAAAUGAACGUUUCCAAGGCUACUGUGUCGAUCUCGCCCGACAUGUGGCGGAACUUGUCAAGUUUGAUUACGUCAUCGAGCUAGUGAAAGAUGGAGGGUACGGAGGACGGCUGCCUAACAACUCGUGGACGGGCAUGAUCGGGGAACUCAUUAGAGAGGAAGCCGAUGUUGCCAUUGCACCACUAACGAUCACAAAAAUACGAGAGCGUGUGGUUGACUUCUCCAAGCCUUUCAUGAACACAGGGAUCAGUAUCAUGAUCAAAAUCCCAGACAAGCAAAAACCAGGCAUAUUUUCCUUCAUGGAUCCCUUCUCCAAAAGCAUCUGGCUAUGCAUUACACUCGGAUUUUUGGCGGUCAGCUUUGUGUUGUUCCUUGUGGGAAAGUUUUCUCCCUUUGAAUGGGACGUUGAAUGCACAGGUGAAGGUCAGAGUGCAAGUACAGCGUUUACGUUGUGUAACACGUUAUGGUUUGCGCUCGGAGCCUUGAUGCAACAAGGAUCAGAUAUAUCACCAAGAUCCUUCUCCGGCCGUAUAGUGGGGAGUGCCUGGUGGUUUUUUACACUCAUCCUCAUAUCCUCCUAUACUGCCAACUUGGCUGCCUUCCUCACUAUAGAGCGGAUGUUUACACCUAUCGAUUCAGCGGAUGACCUAGUUAAACAAACAGAAAUAAAAUAUGGUCCCAGGGAAAAUGGCUCAACAUACGAAUUUUUUAGGGAUUCUGAAGUGACGGUGUACAAGCAGAUGUGGAACUCAAUGAUGGAUGCUGUGCCCUCGUCCUUUGUUUCCAAAGUGGAUGAAGGUGUCGAGCGAGUCAGAUCAUCUAAAGGAAAGUUCGCCUUUCUGUUGGAGUCUGCCAUGAACGAGUAUUUUAACCAAAGGAAACCAUGUAACACCAUGAAGGUCGGGCGUAACCUGGACUCCAAGGGCUAUGGAAUAGCUACAACACUCGGCUCCGAUUUAAGAGACCCUAUAAAUAUAGCUGUGUUGGAACUGCGGGAGGUAGGGGUUCUCCACAAGAUGGAACAGAAAUGGUGGUACGAUAAAGGCCAGUGUGGCAAGGAAGGUGGAGGCAAGGACACAGCCACAAGCGCCCUGACACUGAGCAAUGUGUCGGGGAUAUUCCACAUCCUCAUCAGCGGUUUAGUACUCGCUAUUCUCGUGGCGUUUAUGGACUUCCUGAUAAAGAACAAACUCAGGGGAAGAUCCUUUAAGAGUGGUUCAAGGAUGAAGGGCACUGCGGUCGUAGAACCAAAGAAAGGGAGACAACUCACUCGAUUGCCGCGAUCACCGUUGGCAGAGGCAGAAGAAAACGGAACGUGCUCUUUCAAGGAACCAACAGAUCGUCAGCUAAUAUCCUUCGAUCCCUUAACAGAUGAACCGAUUCAUUUAUCCUGACCAGUGCGGCAUCCAUUUUUGCCGUAAUGUGGCCUCCACGUGCUCAACGACAAUGAGGCGACACAAUGUCGUAAAUGAAUGUGAUAUGGACAAUUGCUCGUUAGGUUAUAUCAGAGGCCAAUUCCCCCGUGUGACAACAUAACUAUAAUCAAUACAAAUAACGUAUUUGUAAUAGAUUAGCUUUUGAACACAUGACUCGAUACUUUGGGAAAUGAAUAACAGAGACGUUCAUUAUUGUCUGGUAAAAUACAUAUUGUUUCAGUUCAAAUAAACACGUAUCAUGUCAAGUGACAAAUUGAAAGUACGGACAUACAUGGAACUUUCUGUGUGUUUUAUACCAACGAAAACCCAUGCCCUUAUCGCAGUUUCAAGUAGUAAAUAUGUAUCGCUACACGUACGCACAUCCCGAGGGUGGUGGGGAGGUUCGAGGAUGAACGCACCCAACGUCAUGUUAAAGCUUCAAUUCGAAUGUGUUGGUGUCAUAAAAUGACAAUUCUUUCACUAUUUCUUUGCACAAAUAUAUCUUUUUUGUUUUAUAAUUGCACCUCUGCCCUUUCGAAAACCUGUGCACUAAUAUCUUCUUUUUGUUCAAAUAGGUAUAUCUCCGCUUGAAACUCAACUGAAUAUCGAAAUAUCGGUUAUCUCUUGCAUCGUGCUUUGGACUUAAGACUUAUGAAUGUGGUGAUUUUAAAGUGCAAAAACAAAUAUUCAUAUCCGGUGUUAAUUUAAACAAUGGCACUUAAAUAAUAAUGGACUUAUCCAAAUGUUUCGAAUAUGUUUUCGGGGAAAAGUAUUUUUCAGAAAUCCGGAAAUAUCUUUAAUGGUGAUAUGAUAUUGCUUUGGAUUUUUACGUUUAUCGUUCGGUAUUGACUAUGCAUAGAUAUGUCUGUCGGUCACGAAAAGGAUUAUGUCCUCAGUUACAUUGCGGUUAAGAGCCGACUAUACAGGGGAUCGGAUGGUUGCAGUGGCCUGUGAUCAUGAUCUGACAGUGUUCUUCAUUCUAUCAUCUACUUGUUUGUCAUGCUCGAUUAUUUGUAUUCUUGUCGACUAUGAUCAAUAACAACGUCCGGCUAUCCACCU